CCGAGUCUCCACGUGCCGAUCCUCCCCCCUCCCCACCCGGCCCUGUAGCGGCGGCGGCGGCGGCGGCGGCGGCGGCGGCGGCUCGGCAGCUGCCAUGGAGCCUGCGGGUUUGGAACAGAUCCUGAAGGAGCUGCUGCUGCCGGACACGGAGCGCAUCCGCCGGGCUACGGAGCAGCUCCAGACCAUCCUUCGGGACCCUGCUGCCUUGCCCGCACUCUGCGAUCUGCUGGCAUCAGCGACAGACUCUCAGAUCCGCCAGUUUGCAGCGGUCCUGACCCGCAGAAGGCUGAACAAUCGCUGGCGACGCUUGGCACCCGAGCAGAGGGAGAGCCUCAAGUCCCUGGUCCUGACAGCACUGCAGAAAGAGACAGUGCAUUCUGUGAGUGUCAGCUUGGCCCAGCUCUCGGCCACCAUUUUUCGAAAGGAAGGCCUACAAGGAUGGCCUCAGUUCAUGAACCUUCUUCAGCACAGCACUCACAGUUCCCAUAGCCCCGAGAAAGAGGUGGGACUUCUGCUGCUGAGUGUGGUGGUGUCUUCCCAGCCCGAGGCAUUCCAUGCCCACCAGCACGAGCUGCUUCAGCUUCUGAAUGAGACACUCAGUGAUGUCAGCUUUCCCGGAGUGCUCUUCUACUCCCUGCGCACUCUGACCGCCAUUGCCCGCUACGUCAGGCCAGAUGAUGUGUCUCUUGCACGGAUGUUGGUGCCUAAAGUCGUUACGGCACUGAGGACUCUGAUCCCCUUAGAUGAGGUAAAGGCCUGUGAGGCCCUGGAGGCCCUGGAUGAAAUGCUGGAGACAGAGUUGCCCAUCAUCAACCCCCACCUCUCUGAGGUCCUCACGUUUUGCCUGGAGGUGGCUAAGAAUGUGGCCCUUGGUGAACCACUCCGAGUACGUGUUCUCUGCUGCCUCACUUUCUUGGUCAAAGUCAAAAGUAAGGCCUUGCUAAAGAACCGCCUUGUGCCUCCCUUGCUGCAUGCCCUUUUCCCCCUCAUGGCUGCUGAGCCACCCAUGGGCCAACUGGAUCCUGAAGAUCAAGAUUCGGAUGAUGAUGACUUGGAGAUCGGGCUGAUGGGGGAGACUCCGAAGCACUUUGCUGUACAGGUUGUGGACAUGCUGGCACUACAUCUUCCCCCUGAGAAGCUCUGUCCCCAUGUGAUGCCCAUGCUGGAAGAAGCCUUGCGGAGCGAGGACCCAUACCAACGCAAAGCAGGGUUCCUGGUGUUGGCUGUGCUGUCUGAUGGUGCUGGCGACCACAUCAGGCAGAGACUGCUGUACCCACUGCUACAGAUUGUGUGCAAGGGCCUGGAUGACCCCUCACAGAUUGUUCGAAAUGCUGCUCUGUUCGCCCUGGGCCAGUUUUCAGAGAACUUACAGCCCCAUAUCAGCAGCUACUCUGAGGAGGUGAUGCCUCUGCUUCUUACCUACCUGAAGUCGGUGCCCAUGGGAAACACGCACCACCUGGCCAAGGCCUGCUAUGCUCUGGAGAAUUUUGUGGAGAACCUAGGGCCCAAAGUGCAGCCCUACCUUCCGGAGCUUAUGGAAUGUAUGCUGCAGCCAUUGAAGAACCCCAGCAAAGCCCGGACCAAGGAGCUAGCUGUGAGCGCCAUAGGGGCCAUUGCCACAGCGGCCCAGGAUUCCCUGCUACCCUACUUCCCUACCAUCAUGGAGCUUCUCCGGGAGUUCUUGUUGACAGGCCACGAAGACUUUCAUCUUGUGCAGAUCCAGAGCCUGGAGACCCUGGGAGUGCUAGCACGAGCCCUGGGAGAGUCCAUGAAGCCCCUGGCUGAGGAAUGCUGUCAGCUUGGGCUAGGGUUAUGCAUCCAUAUAGAUGACCCUGACGUGAGGCGCUGCACGUACAGCCUGUUUGCAGCCUUAUCAGGGUUAAUGGGAGAGGGCUUGGGACCCUACCUGCCUCAGAUUACCACACUCAUGCUGCUGUCGCUGCGCUCCACUGAAGGCAUUGUGCCACAGUAUGAUGGGAUCAGCUCUUUCCUGCUGUUUGAUGAUGACAGCGAAGCAGAAGAGGAGGAGGAACUCAUGGAUGAAGAUAUGGAAGAGGAGGGGGAUGACUCUGAGAUCUCGGGGUAUAGUGUGGAGAAUGCCUUCUUUGAUGAGAAAGAAGACACCUGCACCGCCCUGGGGGAGAUCUCCAUGAACACCUGUGUGGCCUUUCUCCCAUUCAUGGAUGCCACCUUCGAUGAAGUAUACAAACUGCUGGAGUGCCCUCAUAUGAAUGUGCGGAAGUCAGCUUACGAAGCGCUGGGACAGUUCUGCUGUGCACUGCAUAAGGCCUCUCAGAGAAACUCCUCAGAUCCCAGCAACAGUCCCGUUCUGCAGACCUCCCUGGCUCGAGUGAUGCCAGCUUACAUGCAGGCCGUGAAAGUAGAAAGGGAGCGCCCAGUGGUGAUGGCCGUGCUGGAGUCCCUGACGGGGGUGCUGCGCACCUGCGGCAGCCUUGCACUGCAGCCUCCUGGGCGGCUCAGUGAGCUCUGCAACGUGCUCAAGGCUGUGCUGCAGAAAAAGACAGCCUGUCAGGACGCCGAGGAGGAUGAUGAUGAAGAUGAUGACCAGGCAGAGUAUGACGCCAUGUUACUAGAGCAUGCUGGAGAGGCCAUCCCCGUCCUGGCAGCCACAGCUGGAGGACAUGCCUUCGCUCCCUUCUUUGCCACGUUCUUGCCAUUGUUGCUGUGUAAGACGAAACAGAGCUGUACAGUGGCAGAGAAGUCCUUUGCCGUGGGAACCCUGGCAGAGUCCAUUCAGGGUCUAGGGACCGCCUCAGCCCAGUUUGUGUCUCGGCUGUUCCCUGUGCUGUUAAACAAUGCCCGGGAAGCAGACCCCGAGGUGCGAAGCAAUGCCAUCUUUGGGCUGGGCGUACUGGCAGAGCAUGGCGGCUGCCCUGCUCAGGACCACUUCCCUAAGCUACUGGGCCUCCUUUUGCCCCUGCUGGCAAGGGAGCGACAUGAUCGAGUCCGUGAUAACAUCUGCGGGGCUCUUGCCCGUGUACUGAUGGCCAGUCCAGCAGGAAAAACGGAGCCCCAGGUGCUGGCUACCCUGCUACGUGCCCUGCCCCUGAAGGAAGACAUGGAAGAGUGGCUCACUAUAGGUCACCUCUUCAGCUUCCUGCACCAGAACAAUCCUGAGCAGGUUGUAGAUGUGGCUUCAGAACUCCUGCGCAUCUGCAGCCUGAUCCUGCCGGACAACCGGAUCCCUCCAGACACCAAGGCGGCCCUGCUGCUGCUCCUGACGUUCCUGGCCAAGCAGCACACCGACAGCUUCCACACAGCCCUGGGCUCUCUGCCAAAUGAUAAAGCUCAGGAACUUCAGGCCAUGAUGGGCCUCGCUUAAGACUAUAGGCCACAGGGGCCAGGGGUCCGAAGACCGAGGUCAGCCCUGGUCCAGUUCACCUUACCAAAGACUCUAUCCAUUGAAGUCAACCAUGCUGUUUUAACAGGGGUGUCUCUGGGCCUGGACAUCAUACUAUAAUAAAGCAGAGCUGUGACAUCAUACUAUAAUAAAGCAGAGCUGUGACAUCAUA